AUGGAAGCGCAACGACCAUGCUUACAAGAACUACCUACAGAGGUGUUAGUUAGCAUAUUCAGUUAUCUGGAUGUACAGGACUUCAAGGCUUUGGAACAGGCCUCUGGUCGAUUUCACCGUAUAAUCAACGAUGAAGAGCUUUGGAAAAACAUGUUUUUGGCUAGGAUGCAUACGAAGUACUUUCCUUCUUGCUCGCGUUCCUCGAGGUACAGCAUAGAAUACGGGGAGCGUAACCUGCAGCUUGCCAGGUGGAGGCACAGUAGGGCAAUUACCACCAAGUAUGAAAUUACACACGAGCGCAGGACAAACGAUAUUUCAGCGCCAGGCAUUCGCCAAGUGGUGUUCGACUUUCCCAGGUGUGCUUGCUACAAUGAAGGGCUGGUGACCUUCCUACAAUUAAAUGCCAAGAGGCGUAAGGAUAGACUGGUAUACAUACAAUGUGCGACACCGCACUCAUGUUCGGUGAUGCACUUCAACAUAAACGCAGUGGUUUUUGGACGUUUUGAUGGGAAAGUUUUUGGCAAGCUAUUGACAAAUAAAUCGUAUCUCUCACCGGUGAUAGAAUUCGACUCGAGCCAUAACAGUUGUGUAACAGCAAUAACAACCAUCGCCUACGAAGGUUCAUCACAUGAUUGGUGCGUAAGCGGUUCAGAGGAUGGCGAAAUUAUAUGGUGGUGUGAUGCUAAACUUCACUCAAGGAUGAAAAUUUCAAAUCAAACGAUACUCAAACUCUUUAUUAACCCAAGAAUGACGGUUGCGAUAGACACUGAGCGUGCUUAUAUUAUCACUGGUAUGAAGGAGGUUCACUCCUUGGAAUUGGCGAAUUAUGUGACUGCCACAAACGGUGGUGGUCCCAAAUUUAUACAGGUAGAUUUUGGGGGGGAAUUAUUGGUCUUGGGGAGUAGCUCUAAGCUUUGCGUUGUUUCAAUUAACCGUCAUCGGGAUAUAGGAUUCUCACGGAAAUUUGAUUCAGCUACCGAGAUACUACAAAUAUCCAUAGACGAAAAUACUGCAAGGAGGGAAGCAGAGGGCGCAGCUGUCGCUGGUGGCGACGGAUGCUACAUUGCCGUUCGCUGCGCCGAUUACUCGGUGAUGGUAUUUAAUAUACGCUCACAGACUCCUGAAAUUAAGCCGCAACUUAAGCUCUCUUUCCAUGAACCGCUCUUUUCAUGUAAAGUGAACCAUUUGAUUUUAGCGUGCGCCUUUUCGGGUAUGGUUGGUUUAUACGAUGCAGCUAUUGGUACAGAGGUUCGAGUAACGCGUGGUACCGAAGAGUAUCCUCAGUUCCUAGAUCUCGCGGAUGGUCAUUUAGUAAUAGGUAGUGGUAAUACCUUACACUAUCAUCAAUACGCUUCAUUAAACCAGAAGAAGAAGAAAAAGCCGGUUUCUAAUGUUAGAGGGAAUCGGUGGAAUGAAACUGUGCAGUCUCAACUGGAGGUAUUUCAUGAUACAGAGCGGUUGCGAAAUGAACAAGUGGAAAGAGAUGCCGAACUCAGGCAAAGGUUUCUGGGGGAUGUUGAUGAUGAAGAGAUCCAGCUUCAAAUUGCUCUGGUAGAAUCAGAAACGACCUACACAUCUCUACCUGCCGCCGGUGUCUCAUAUGAAGAAGAAUUUAGAAGGGCACUUGAGGAGUCAAGGCGUGCAUAUGAGGCGUCACAAGGCGUACCGUCUUCAACUUUAGCAGAAUAUGCAAGUUCUAGUUUUGAAAGAUCAGAAUCCGGCUUUGAGCGCAUUACAUGGACUGCAGCAGAUCAAAAUUCAUUGCACAAUUUGCAUUCCCCAAAUACCGGUCCUAGUUCUACCUCGGGAGUAGUAGUCUCCAAUAUGGGGACUAACGGACCUGACAAUUCUCCUUCUCAAAUUGAUAGUGACUUAGAACUUGCCAUGCUACUAUCCCUGCAUGACAGAUAG